AUGAAGUUGCUCACUAAGGAAGAAGAAGAUGCCCACUACCGCUCCGUCGUCAAGGGCGGCUCCUUUGGUGGCAUCCUCGGUCUUGCCGGCGGUGCCGCGGGCGUUAUGCUCGCUGCGCGACGAUACCACACAAUUCGCAACCUGACCCUCCCCAUGAAAGCCUUCUUGGUGACCUCAUCCGGUACCUUCGUCGGUAUCAUCGCCGCCGACCACGCCUCCCGAGAUUUCGAGAAGCAGCAAAACGCCGCCAAGAUGUGGUACGAGAACCGCGAGGACCGUCUGCACGCCGAAGAGCUCCGCGGUCUGAGCUUCACCGACCGCGCUGUCGCCUUCGCCCGCCGCGAGAAGUACAAGAUCGUCGGCGCUACCUGGAUCGCCUCCAUGAUCGGCUCUUUCGUCCUAGUCGGUCGCAACCCGUAUCUGUCUGGUCAGCAGAAGAUUGUUCAGGCUCGUGUGUAUGCUCAGGGUCUGACUUUGGCCGUGCUGUGCGCUUCUGCUGCGUUCGAGAUCUCGGAUCAGCGUCGGGGUCGGGGUCUACUUGAUGCUGCUAAGAAGGAUAAGAAGCAGCAGCUUGAGGAUGCGACCGAGCCUGCUCCUGUACAUGCCGGUAACAAGGAUCAGGUUGAUCUCUGGAAGGAGAUGGUUGCUGCGGAGGAGCAGCGUCUUAAGUCCAAGCACCAGUCCCUGCAUGUGAAGCACGAGGACCACCACGCGGUCGCUCAGGCAAAGGAGGAAGCUUCCGAGUCUGCCUCCGAGGACUCCAAGACUGAAGAGAAGUCCGAGUCCGAGUCCGAGUCUGAAUCCAAGGAGGAGCCCAAGGCCGAGGACAAGAAGCAGGCUUAA